AUGGCGCUCAUCAUGUUGACGGCUCCGAUUACUUACUCUCACCGCCGCGCGCCCUUUCGCUUCCUCCUCCUUCUCCUUCUUCUCUGCCUUCGUCUUAUUAAUGCUCGUCUGCAUUUUGUUCAUCUCCUUGCUCCAUGCCUGUUAUUUGAUAUUUUCAUUUGUUUGUUUGUUUGUUUGUUUGUUUGUUUGUUUGUUUCUUUUUCUUUCUUUCUUUCUUUCUUCUUAAAUGCUUUCUUUCUUUCUUUUUCUUUCUUUCUUUCUUUUUUCUUUCUUUCUUUUUUCUUUCUUUCUUUUUUUCCACAUUGUAAUCUUGUUGUUUGUUUGUUUCUUUUUUUCUUUCUUCAUUUCUUUCUUCCCUUAGUUAUUGCCUUCUUCUUCUUCUUCUUCUUCUUCUUCUUCUUCUUCUUCUUCUUCCAUUCUUUGUCGCUAGUUAUUGACUACUUCUUUUCUUUUUCGUUAUCUUGCACAUCAAGUGAUCUUUCUUUCUUCCUUUCUUUCUUUCUUUCUUUCUUUCUUUCUUCUUCUUCUACAAUUGCAUUUUCUCCUUUAAAUUUCCCCCUCCUUCUUUUUCUCACAUUUCUCUUUCUACGCACCUUUUUACUUAACGAAAAACAACAUCGUUAA